UUAGUCACUUGCCAAGAUCUUCAAGCUCACCUGCCGCAUGCGGAAAUUCGGAGCUCCAUAGCAGAGUUGCUGCAGGAGCGAGCUUUGGGACGGAUUCCGGCGUGUGGAGGACGCAUCGGGGAUGAUUACAACUGUGGCAUAGAUUGCUGAUAGAUUGCUGAUUUCACGCCACUGUUUGCCUGUCUGUCUCUACCCAAUUGUCCAUUUAUCAUGCUCCAUUGGUAUCACGUUCAAUUAGCAAGGCGGCCGUUGAUUACCCAGAGUAUUGGGAGCGCGAUCCUCUUUGGUGCUGGAGAUGUCCUUGCCCAGCAGCUGGUAGACAAGGUCGGCCUCGAGCACCACGACUAUGCCCGCACUGGAAGAAUGGCCCUGUACGGCGGUGCGAUCUUCGGCCCCGGCGCCACAACCUGGUACAAAUUCAUGGAGCGGAACAUUGUCCUGCGCAGUCCCAAGCUUACCCUCACAGCCCGCGUCUGUGGCGACCAGCUCCUCUUCGCUCCAACACACAUGUUUCUCUUCCUCUCAUCCAUGUCCAUCAUGGAAGGCAACGAUCCGUUGGAGAAGUUGAGAACCAGCUACUGGUCCGGUUACAAGGCCAACCUGAUGAUCUGGCCGUGGGUGCAGGCGGUCAACUUCACCCUGGUCCCGCUGCAGCAUCGUGUGCUGGUGGUGAAUCUUGUUAGCUUGGGUUGGAAUUGUAUCCUGAGCGUCAUCAACAGCCGGAAAUAGGAUUGUUUUUCACUUUGCAUUCCUGCUGGGAGAGGCUAUAUAUAUUCAAUCUUAGUUGGCUUGCAUCACUUUUUGGGUUGAGACAGGUUUUGUUCUCAUUCGAUAUCUUUGGGCUGGCCGGCUAGGUGGGAGAUAUGGAUUGUCCAUUUUACUGCUAUUGCAUAGGCGUCAGUACUUUCUCUUUGUCCUGAUCUAACUACCAUGUACCUAAUUCCCUUUUUGUAAUUCCAGUUUAAGACAUUUGCAUUAUGUAUCUACUUAGAACAGGUGAAAACAUCAGAUAACCUGAG